AUGUACGCAUGUGUAUAUGUAUGUGUAUGGGUAUCCGUAUGUGCGUGUAUGGGGCUGAUGUGUCGAGGUGUACGUACGGUACAACGCAAUGUACCUUGGAUCGAAAUAGUAUGGGGGAAGGAAACCCACGAGAAUGGAGUCGCAAUAUUGGCCCGACGCGGACCGGCCAACUCAGAUAUGAUGAUGACAGCAGGGCAAGGCAAGGCAAGGGUUAAGUGA